AUGGCCUACAUUCCGCCUUCCUCCGAGCCCAUCGCAAUCAUCGGCAGUGCCUGUCGCUUUCCGGGCCAUUCCACUUCUCCGUCAAAGCUAUGGGAACUGUUGAGCAACCCAUACGAUCUUACUGAGAAAGUACCAGAGGGACGAUUCAAUGUAAAUGGAUUUCACCAUCCGGACGGCGAGCAUCAUGGUACCACCAAUGCUCCCAAUGGCUACUGGCUAGAGGAAGACCCGCGACGAUUCGACAGCACAUUUUUUAACAUCACACCCAAGGAGGCGGAGGCUAUUGAUCCACAAGGAAAGGUGCUUUUAGAAACCGUCUACGAAGGUCUGGAGUCGGCCGGCCUUACCUUGGAAGGCUGUUCAGGAUCGUCGAUUGGUGUUUAUGUGGGAACAAUGACGGCCGACUACGACAUUCUCACGGGCAAAGACGAACUUACCUUCAGCCAAUAUUGCGCUACAGGCACCUCCCGGGCCAUCAUCUCUAACCGCGUCUCCUACUUCUUCCACUGGAACGGUCCAUCCAUGACGAUCGACACCGCGUGCUCCUCCAGCCUAGUCGCCAUGCAUCAGGCGGUUCUGGGCCUACGUAGCGGGGAGAGUACCAUGGCGUGCGUCGCCGGAGCGAACCUGAUGCUCAGUCCGGAACCAUUCAUCUGCGAGUCGAGCUUGCAUAUGCUGUCUCCGGACGGGAAGUCGAAGAUGUGGGAUCAGUCCGCCGAUGGGUAUGCCCGGGGAGAAGGAGUCGGGGUGGUGUUCCUCAAGACGCUCUCACGGGCCCUCGCGGACCGGGAUCAUAUCGAAUGUAUUAUCCGCGAGACAGGGGUCAACUCUGACGGGCGGACCAAAGGCAUCACUAUGCCCAGCUCCGUUGCUCAGGCCGCUCUGAUUCAGGACACUUACCGAAGGUCUGGGCUCGACGUGCUGAACCCUGACCAUCGCUGCCAGUACUUCGAGGCGCAUGGUACAGGAACACAAGCGGGCGACCCGACGGAAGCCGAAGCAAUAUACAAGGCCUUCUUUGGUGAUGAACCGCAGGAAGAGGGUUCAAUUCUGGUAGGGUCAAUCAAGACAAUCAUCGGACAUACGGAAGGGGCAGCGGGCGUGGCAGGAGUCUUGAAGGCGGCUCUUGCCCUAAAACACUCCCAAGUCCCGCCAAAUCAGCAUCUCAAGUCCAUGAAUCCACGCGUUGUUCCCUUUGCAUGUCGAUUACAUGUCCCCAACACCCUCACGCCGUGGCCGAGUGUUCGACCUGGUCAUCCGCUGCGUGCCAGUGUGAACUCGUUUGGCUUCGGCGGCACGAAUAGCCACGCCAUCCUAGAGAGCUACGUCCCAGCCAUUCACGGUGGCCUUCCAGCAGUCAGCCUUGCCAAACCGAUCGAGCAUAUUCCGAGAUUCCCAUUUGUGUUGUCGGCCAAUUCAGCCCAAACGCUCAAGAAAAAGGUCAAACAAUACAUCGAGUUACUGCAUUCCAAACCUCAGAUCGAUCUCCAUGACUUGGCCUGGACAAUGGCGACGCGUCGGUCAGAACUACCGUAUCGCGUGGCCUUCUCCCCAGUCGCCGGGCGAGAAAAGUUGCUUCAGGAGAUGCGAGAGCGACUGCAGGCGGCCGAGGGAAGCUCAGCACUUGGGAUACGAUCCAAGACAGUUAAUCAUGAUCGCGGUCGCAUUUUGGGGAUCUUCACCGGACAGGGCGCCCAGUGGCCCCAAAUGGGUCAGCAACUAAUCCAGAGGUCAUCGCACUUCAGAAGAGUGAUUGAGAGUCUCGAUGCCGUCCUCCGGUCAUGUCCGGAUCCGCCCGCGUGGUCUAUCGAACAAGAACUCCUUGCUCCGCCCACAUCAUCGCGUCUGGGCGAGGCAGCCCUGUCUCAGCCAUUGUGUACAGCCAUUCAGAUUGCUUUGGUUGACCUACUCCAUGAGGCAGGGGUAGAGCUAGCGGCUGCAGUGGGCCACUCCUCGGGGGAGAUUGGUGCUGCCUACGCUUCAGGUAUCCUGACGGCUCAGGACGCUAUCCUCGUCGCAUAUUAUCGAGGCUUCCAUGCCGGCUUGGCACAAGGACCAGGAGGAUGCCGCGGGGGGAUGAUGGCGGUUGGGAUGGGGGUGAACGAGGCUCUCGAAUUCUGUGAACAGCGUGCUUUCCUUCAUCACCUUCACAUUGCAGCCAGUAACUCACCGGCAAGUGUCACCAUCAGCGGAGACCUGGAGCAAUUGAAGCAGGCGAAGACACUGCUCGAUGAACGAGGCACUUUUGCUAGACUCCUGAAGGUCGACACUGCAUACCAUUCUCAUCACAUGGAUCAGUGUGCCGCUCCAUACCUACAGUCUCUACAGACAUCUAAAAUCACACCCAUGACCCCCAAGCGUUCAUGUGUCUGGGUGUCCAGCGUGUAUGGACCAUCAGGAGCUCCUACGCUAAGAGAGCUGUCAUGUCGCUAUUGGAAAGACAACAUGGUGCAACCGGUAUUUUUCACCGAAGCUGUUACCCGCGCGUUGAGAGAAGAAGGCCCCUUUGACAUGGUGCUGGAAAUCGGACCUCAUCCUGCGCUUCAGGGUCCUGCUGUACAGACGAUGCAGGAGGUCAAUGGAUCGGCUCUGCCUUAUGCAAGCUUAUUGCACCGCGGUCGGGAUGACCUGACCUCCGUCAUAUCGACACUGGGUCUUGUUUGGAGUCUGCUGGGUAGCUCUUCAAUCAAUUUCAACUCUCUAUCCAUGGCACUGGGCAAGGAAAUGUCGGAUUGCCCGGUAGUCAAGGAUCUUCCCCCUUAUCCUUGGGAUCAUACCCACAUGUAUCACCGACAGCCCCGGAUGGCCAAACAAUACCUCAACCGGCCUGCUCGCCCUCAUGAGCUACUAGGGGUGCGAACCAGCGACGACACGGAAUCGGAAUGGCGCUGGAGAAACUUAUUGAAACCUGGCACUCUACCGUGGCUCAAAGAUCAUCGCUUCCAGGACCAGAUCAUUGUUCCUGCAGCAGCAUACUGUGUCAUGGCAUUUGAAGCUGCCCGAGCGUUGACCACGAAACCGGUCAAGUUGGUGGAAAUCCAGAAUCUAUCGAUCAAACGAGGUAUCACCAUGAGCGACGACUCCCAGGGAAUCGAGACAAUUUUCAUGCUAAGAAAGGAGCCUACCCUUCCUGGUGAAAGCGUAAUCUCGGCUUCAUUUAUCCUCGACUUUGUCCCAGGCGAUGCUGACGCUCAGGGCACGAAUGCUGUCAAGGGAACUGUUCACCUGCAUCUGGGCGAGCCCUCGGCGGAGACUUUGCCACAGAGAAAUCAAUUCCCCUCUUCUGAUUUGAAUCGGGUUGAUCUAGAUGAGUUUUACAAUUCCAUCCAGGAUAUUGGACUGGGAUACACGGGACCGUUCCGCGCGAUGACUUCCCUCCAGCGACGUCUAGAUUUCGCGACAGGAACGCUGCCAAAGCCACACCCUGCUGAGACUUCGAACCUUCCCGUAGCUCCCUCCCUUCUUGAUGCAUGCUUCCAGGCUGCAUUUGCUGCCUAUGCCGCACCGGGCGAUGGGUCGCUUUGGACAUCUUUUCUCCCUCAUGAAAUCCAGAGUAUACGCUUCAAUCCACUACUGUGCCCCGUGAUGCCUGGUCCAGCCGCAACGAUCAAUGUGGACGCGGUGAUUACCCAGCUCUCCUCGGCAUCCUCCGAGUCUCCCGCCAAUUUCUCUGGCGAUAUAUGCGUCUUCAAUUCCAACGGUGACAUGGAGAUUCAGGUGGAGGGUCUCACCGUCGUCGCAUUAUCAUCUACCGGCACAGGGAAUGACUGUGAGCUCUUCAUCGAAACGGUCUACAAGCCAGACCCGUACACCGGUAUCGUCGAGUCUAGAUCCGAAAGCAUCAACGAGGACUAUGUAGCCCUGCAGCGCGAGUGCAUGCGCAUAGCCAACUAUUUCUUGCAGCCCGAUCGUGUAGUGGGCAAGCUUCAGCAAACACCCGAUUCUAUGAAAAACGGAUUACCAGACUCACCGUUCCGCGCCUAUUUGGAGCUUCUCAUCUCGUGCGGCCGGAGAGCGCCAUCUCGCCUGCCAACGUCAAUCACAGAGAUUCUCAUGGACUUCAACGAGCAGAGCGCGCUACAGAGUCACAUAAGAGCCUCUGUGUCACAGAUUAGUCAUAGGUUUCCUCAACUUCGGGUGCUAGAAAUUACCUUGGGUGAACCGCAGAAAUUUAUUACGGAUGCUGUCGUGUCUGGUCUGGCGGCGUCUUUCCAACUCUACACUCAUUUGUUCGAGAGCACAGAAACAGCCACAUCAGGCUCACUUUCUGGACAGACGAGCAAUCAGGACUCCAGAUUCCGAUUCCUUGCUAUCGACAAGACCGCCCCAUUAAGCGAGCAGUUCACCGAAGAAACCUUUGACCUGGUCAUCUUAUCUGACGGUAAACGUAAGAAUACCGCGCUCACAGGUCAAUUGGAUGCUGUUCAUCAGCUCAUGUCACCCGGCGGAUAUGUAUUUUGCGUCCACACAACGGGGAUUUCGCUCCAUGAUCGACUUCAGAACCCUCAAAAGCAUCAUCAAUCCUUGUCCCUGCAAACAUUACUGCGUGGAACACCGCGAGCACAGGGUGACUUUGAUCUCAUCUCGUCAUGGACCAGUCCUUUGAGCACUAUUUCACUCUCAAUCAGACAGUCCAUGAGCGCAGAUGUUCGGAAUCUCCUUUCACCGUUGACCGCAUCCGACGUAUCCUAUAUGUCCGAUACAGUUCUGUUAGUCGGUGGAGGGACACUCGAGACAGCGCAGUUGAGUAAUCAUCUUGCAGCCAUUCUCCGAGAUAAGUCCUUAAAUGUGGUACCCGCACAACGCCUGGAAGAUGUGGUCUCUACUUCUAUGGCAGCUGUGAAGGCAGUUAUCGUUUUGUCUGAUCUGGACAAACCGGUUCUGUCUUCCGUCAGUUCAUCCGAGGUCUCGUCUCUUAAAAAGAUCUUGGUACCAAAUAUGUCUGUUCUUUGGCUCACGUCAGGUUUUCGCGAAGACCAGGCUUACCAUUACGGUACCAUAGGGCUUUUCCGCUCUGUCCGGACUGAAACGCCACAGCUGAAGCUUCAGAUCUUGGACGUUGCGGACAUACCUGGGACCGAGACCGUCAUUGCAGAGUGCUUCCUUCGCCUUAUCACAUAUGUCGAUUCUGAGUCCACUCCGUUAUGGACUUCGGAGCCAGAGAUCGUUUGGGACGGACAGCAUUUGCUAAUCCCCCGCAUGCUUCCUAUCGAGGAUCUCAAUCGCAGAUAUAACUCCACUCGUCGGGUGGUUCACAACUACCUAGAUGCAUCGCUGCAAUCUGUCCAGGUCUCCGCUCGCUGGAAUGGAGACACAUACACCCACCAUGCGGUGGAGACGACUCCGUCCAAAGCAUCAGCCUCUGCCAAUGCGCAUUCCAUUGAUCUUCGAGUAUUGUAUUCCAGCGCCUGGGCAAUUGAAAUUAGGGAAGGCUUCCAUGCCUUCGUCAGCGUUGGGAUCGACAGCGAUUCGAGACACUUCCUUGCACUAUCGCCCACCAACUCCUCGCUUAUCACCGUAUCAGAGGCCCUUGUCCAAGCGCUCCCUGCAACUGGUCUGGAUAUAUCUGCUUUGCUGCACCAGGUUGUGGCAAUAUUUCUUGCUCAAAGCUUACUUCGGCAGGCCAGCCCAGGAGCUCUGCUGGUUCACGAAGCCGACUCCUUCUUUGCUGAUACCUUACAGCGACUCAAUGAUGGUGAGCGAGUCCUGUGUUUCUCUACCACUGAUCCAGAGUUGGAAGACAAUCGCUUCAUCCGGCUCCAUCCGCUCUCGACCAAGGAUGUCAUCAGAGCAGCUGUAUCCUCAUCCAGAAUUGAUAGCGUCGCAGAUUUCAGUUUGGGGCUCAUACCGUCCGCGCUAGCUGGUUUGAAUUCAUCAACAUGCUCAUUAAUCAAGCCAUUUGAUUUGUUAGUCAAGACUCAGGGAAGUAUUUUGGACAAUGAGAAAAGUCUGGGCGCUGCCCAAGACGUCCUUCUCGUCGUCAGAUGGGCAGUCGAGACUGCACUGGAAGAGCUCAGUUCCUCACCAAACCAGCAGAUGAUAAUUCCUGUAUCGAACGUCCUAGAUAAAGGGCUACAACCUCUGGGCACUGUUCUUGAUUGGAAUGAGAACGUCCGUAUGCCCCUGCGUGUUGAAAGAAUUGAUCCGGCGUCUCAGAUGCGUGGUGAUAGAACCUAUGUGAUGAUUGGCCUGACCGGAGAGCUGGGUCAGAGUCUGUGCCAGUUUAUGGUCUUGCACGGAGCUCGUCACUUAGUUGUUGCGAGUCGAAACCCGGCUAAGUCACCUGCCUGGAAGGCUAAUCUCGAGAAGCAAGGAGCCACGAUCCAGGUUCUGAGCGUGGAUGUCACUAAUGCUGACGCCGUACGACAGCUGCGCGUGGACCUGGAAUAUCGCAUGCCGCAGGUUGGAGGCAUUGUGAACGGCGCAAUGGUUCUAUCCGACGGUCUCUUCGCCGACAUGCCAGUCGAAUCUCUCCAGAAAGUCCUGGCACCCAAGGUGAUCGGAUCUCAAAACUUACACGAUGUGUUCUCCGGGGUGGAUCUCGACUUCUUCAUCAUGUUCUCAUCCUUGACCGGAGUGCCAGGAAAUCAGGGCCAAUCCAACUACACGGCUGCCAACAUGUUUAUGGCCGGUCUAGCGGCCCAGCGACGGAAGGCUGGACAAGCUGCUGCCGUUCUGGACAUUGGCAUGGUUUCUGGAAUUGGAUACAUCAACCGCACGGAUGGAGCCAAGAUCUACGCCAACCUAAAGCGUCAGGGUUACAUGCCGAUCUCUGAACGAGACAUUCACUGCAUGUUCAUUGAGGCCAUCCAUUGCGGACGACCCACGUCUAAGGCUGGUGUCCAACUGACGACCGGCCUCCAACGGUUUGGCAUCGAAGGAGAAGAGCCAUUGUACUGGCACACGGACCCUCGCUUCUCGCAUCACCGACUGCUCCGGAAUGGGACGCACAAGCGUACGGCCUCUUCCUCGGUGGAGAGUCUCAAGAGCCGGAUCUCGGAUGUGCAGUCCCAGGCAGCUAUUGCCUCGAUUCUGAAGGACAGUUUUGCGUCCCACGUUGAAACGAUGCUCCACCUUGGCCAAGGCAGUUUGGACAAGGAGACUGCCAUUAUCAACCUUGGCGUUGAUUCAUUGAUGGCUGUCGAGAUUCGGUCGUGGUUCUUGGCCGAGGUGGAGAAGGAUAUGCCUAUCUUGAAAGUGCUUGGGGGCUCGUCUGUGGCUACUCUGGCGGAAGAGGUGGCCAAAGAGAUCUUUGAGGAUCGCAGCACGUCCGUUCCGGUGGACCUGGACAAGGAAUCCCUUGAUAUGCAGUCUGUGCAUGGCAGCUCGACAGAUCCCUCGAGCAACAGUGACAGCAAAUCCGGAUUUGACAGUUUUUCAUCGGACGACUCAUCGGACAUAGCCAACGACGACUCGGACCCAACAGCAUAUUGUGACCAGAUUGAGCCCAUGUCUCUGAGUCAGGCUCGGAUGUGGUUUCCGUAUCUUAUGCUUCAAGACAAAACAGCCUACAAUUGUACUACAUCGUACCGUUUGGUAGGCCAGUUGGAUAUUUCUCGCUUUGAGCGCGCUCUCCGUUCACUUCUGCAGUCCCAUCAAGCCUUCCGCACACUCUUUUACACUGACCACGAAACCGGUGAGGCAAUGCAGGCCAUUGUACCUACAUCCUCGACCUUCUCCCUCCGAAAGGUAGGGCCUGCAAAUGACUCGAGCGACGUGAGGGUAGAACACGACGGGGUGGCGCAGCAUGUAUACGAGCUGGAACGUGGCGAUAGCUUCAUUGCGACGCUCAUCACUCAUCAGCCAGACUAUCAUACUGUCAUCUUUGGGUACCACCACAUUAUUCUGGACGGCGUCAGCUGGCAGAUUUUCCUUCAAGAAUUGGACAAGUUCUACGGUGAUCCCCAGCGACAGCCAUCGUUGGGUGUAGACUUCCUGGAUUUCUCCACGCGGCAGCAUCACGAUCUUACUUCCAUCCCCUCCCUGUCUAAGAGACAGUUCUGGAAGACGACCUUCUCCUCCGGGACCUUACCCGAACCUCUGCCUCUGUUCCCAUUUGCUAAAGUGCCUACGCGCAUGCCGCUGACGCAGUAUCGGGUGACUGAGUAUUUCGUGGAACUGGAUCGUUCGCUGGCGGCCAAGAUCAGAUCAGCCAGCACUGAGAAUCAGACGACCGCUUUCCACUUUUACCUAUCAGUCUUCAGCAUCAUGAUGUAUCGGAUAUUGGGCGUAACUGACAUGUGCAUCGGUAUGACGGAUGCCAAUCGCAAUGAUCAGGCUUUCCUGGAGACGAUCGGGCUGCUUUUGGACAUGCUCCCCUUGCAGUUCCGCCUCGACAAAAUUGCAUCAGACAAAACUGCAUUCGCGGAUCAUCUUCGGGCGACUCGUGAUCUGGUCUAUUCUGCUCUUGGCAAUUCCGGGGUGCCUUUGGAGACGAUCCUGCAAGAUAUCGGCGCGGAGAGUUCUGCCACUGAGCUGCCUCUAUUUCAGGCAGUGGUCAAUUACCGAAUGGGAGCUAUUAAGCACAAGAAGAUCGGUGAUUUGGGUCUGGAGUAUCUCUCCUACGAGGAUGCACGCCACCCGUUCGAUUUUAUUCUGACCAUCGACGAAGAUGAGGGUCGUGCGGGUCUCACCCUGUCCAUGCAAGACUAUCUCUACGACAAGGCUGGUGCGAACAUCUUCCUCGAUUCGUAUAUCCAUCUCCUGGAGUUCUUUGCCGUGACACCAGCUUCUAAUGUUGCGAAGCUGCCCGUCUUUGCUCCUGCUCUCGAGCACACUGCCAUUGAGCUGGGAACUGGUCCUCGCCUCCCAAAUAGCUGGGAGGAGCCAACACUCGUCCAUCGCAUUGACCAUAUGGCCGCUAAGUACCCAUCGGAUGAGGCCCUUCGGGAUGAUAGCGGCUCUUUGAGCUAUAAGGCCAUGUCCGACCGCGCCAACGCCAUUGCAACCCAGCUGCUCGCUGUCGGGGCACAGGUGGGCACGCGUGUAGCCGUCUUCGGGGUGCCUUCUACCGAUAAUGUCUGCUCUCUGCUUGCCAUCUUGCGUAUCGGCGCGAUUUAUGUCCCCUGCGAUGUGCGAAGCUCGGACGAGCGUCUUCGCACAAUUCUUACGGAAUCUGAAGCCACAGUUGUGAUCGUGGACCGAGAAACCAUUACACGGUUCGGAAAAUUCCGCCCAGAAACCGUGCAACAAACCGUCCAGCUCUCAACGGUUGUAACCCCAUCAGCGCAGUCCUCUCCGGUGUAUAAUGAGGCGACCAGCCAGGGCCUGGCCUUUAUCAUGUUCACCAGCGGCUCAACGGGAACCCCCAAGGGAAUCAAACUCACGCAUUCGAACUUCCUCACGCACGUGCAGUCUGCCUCUGCCUAUAUGAAGCUUGGACGGGAGGUGGUGCUGCAGCAAAGUGCGGCGAGCUACGACGCUUCCCUGGCCCAAAUAUUCUACGCCCUGGUCAACGGUGGCCGGUUGGUGGUGGCCGACAAUCUCCGUGACACGGCAGGCCUUGCAUCCAUCCUCCAGAAAGAGGCCGUGACCUUCACGCUGAUGGCGCCGUCCGAGUACUUGCUGCUCAUGGAGUAUACUGGGGAUAUUCUGGCGCGGUGUUCCAAUUGGUCGGUGGCUAUGUGUGGUGGUGAGGCUUUCCCACCGCGGUUAAAGCAGGAUUUCAGGCAGCUCGGACACGCACAGUUGCGGGUCUAUAAUGCUUACGGACCCACGGAAAUUGCGGUAGCGUCGAACAUCGGCGAGGUGCCGAUUCCCGGGAAAGAAGACGGUGAUUCAAAUUAUGGUGAAAGCCAUGUUCCGAUCGGGCCUGCUCUCCCGGAAUAUAAUGUCUACCUGGUCAAUGAGAAGAUCGAUCCAGUUCCCCUGGGCUGUCCGGGUCAGAUCGCCGUCUCCGGUCCCGCCGUGAGCGCGGGCUAUCUCAAUAAUGACCGGUUUACGAAUGACAAAUUCCGGAUGGUCGGUGAAAGAUUCCACCCAGAAAAGAGCACGAGAGUAUAUCUGACCGGGGAUCUGGCGCGGAUGCUAUCUGAUGGCUCGAUGGUGUACCUCGGGCGCAUUGAGUCUGACACGCAGAUCAAGCUUCGCGGUAUUCGAAUCGAACUUGGGGAUAUCGCCAACACAAUUAUGAAGACGUCGCAGGGGGUCAUUGCGAACGCCGCUGUCGGGGUCCGCAACCCUGGUCCGGACCAGUUCCUGGUUGCGUAUGUAGUUCUGGCUGCAGAGAAGGGGAAGAGGCCCGCCAACGUGCGGCAUUAUCUGGCACAGUUGCUUGCUGAUCUCCCGUUGUCACAGUCUAUGAAACCAGCGGUUGCUGUGGAUGUGGGCAGUAGUCUACCCAUGACUUCCAGUGGGAAGCUGGACCUGAAAGCCCUCACUGCUCGUCCGCUUCUCGCUUCUGGGGAUGGGGAUGAGGAUGAUACCACCGAAACCGGUGCUGGUGUGGACUCAGUUCUCUCCGACAUUCAAGGCAAGCUUCGCGGUAUCUGGAGUCGUGCCCUGGGUCAUAGCAGCAUUCCUAUUACUCCAGGGUCCAAUUUCUUUGCCGUGGGUGGUAGUUCGCUGUCAUUGUUGAAGAUGCAAGCGCUUAUUCAACGGGAAUUUGAUCUGCGGAUUACCCUGCCUGAACUAUUCCGCGCGAGCACAUUUGGUGCCAUCGCCGAGCGAAUUCUGAGACGUUUGUCCGCCGGCUUCAUGGUCGAAGGACUUCAGGCUACUGUGCCCUCCUCCCCUGUCGACAUUAUUGACUGGAGUAAAGAGACUGCUCUCUCUCAGACCCUUCGAUCCUUGGCUUCUUCCCAGGCGGACAGCCGAACCCCUCCCAUCCGUCGCCGUCCCCUGACUGUGAUCCUUACCGGAGCGACGGGCUUCCUCGGACGCGCUAUUGCCCGUGCGCUCCAAGCCCGUGACGAUGUGCUUCACAUCCACUGCAUCGCCGUGCGCAACCCGCUGUCCAGUGCCGCCCUGGAGCUCGAACGCACCUGCGACAAGGUAAUCUUGCAUGCAGGCGACCUCGCCGUCCCCUUCCUCGGCAUGUUGGAGGAGGAAGCCCGGCUGGUGUUCGAGGAAGCCGACGUGAUCGUCCACAAUGGGGCCGACGUCUCUUUCCUGAAGCCCUACCAGACCCUCCGCGGACCCAACCUCCGCGCCACGCAGACCCUCGUCGAGAUGACCGCCCACCGCCAGGUGCCCUUCCACUUCGUGUCCACGGCCGGCGUCGCCACCCUAUUGGGGGGUACCCCGAUCGUCGACGAGAUCUCCCUCGCCAACCAACCCCCGCCCACCAGCAGCACUGGGGAGGAGGUCCUGAUCGACGGCUAUGUCGCCUCCAAAUGGGCCAGCGAGACCUACCUCGAGAACGUCCACGCCCAGCUCCAGAUCCCCGUCCGCAUCUACCGCCCCUCCAGCAUCACCGGCCCCGACGCCCCCGCCCUCGACGUCAUGCACAACGUCCUCAACCUCUCACGCCGAAUGCGCGCGCUCCCAGACCUCAGCGCCUGGACGGGCCACUUCGACUUUAUUCGCGUGGAGACUGUGGCCGAGGAGAUUGCUGUCGGUGUUACCGCUACCGCGACUAUGACUACUACACCUCGCGCAGCAGCAUCAGCAUCAUCAUCGCGUCUUGAAUUCAUCCAUCUAUCCGGGGAGAAACUCAUCCCAGUCUCAGAGGCCCGCGUGCACCUAGAAAAGGAGACUGGCUAUGCCUUCCGCACUGUAGAGAUAGCCGAGUGGUGCCGCGAAGCCACGGGUCAUGGGCUUCCCGCCCUGGUGGCGGGGUAUUUGGAGAGCUUGCAGGGUCAGUCGCUCUCGUUCCCGCGGUUGCAGUCGUGGAUUGCGGAGCAGGGGGGCCGAGGGGUGGUUGUUUAG